CGGGGGGCAGCCGCGCUGCUCCGGUCCGACCGCUCUGGGCCGCUCUCCUCGCUCGUCCGCAGACUCGGCUCCCACUGCCAGCGCCCACCCUCCCCGCGUCCAGCGCGGACCCGCCGGGCUCCCUGUGCAGGACCCAGCACCUCGGCUUUCCCAGACCGAGGCCGCAAGCAGCGCCGCGGGGUGUGAGUCGGACCCAGGAGAUGAAAUGACAACGUCAACCCUCCAGAAAGCCAUUGACCUGGUGACAAAAGCCACAGAAGAGGAUAAGGCCAAGAAUUACGAGGAGGCACUCCGGCUCUACCAGCAUGCCGUGGAGUAUUUCCUACACGCAAUCAAAUAUGAGGCGCACAGCGAUAAGGCCAAGGAGAGCAUUCGAGCCAAGUGCAUGCAGUACCUAGACCGGGCAGAGAAGCUGAAGGAUUAUUUACGAAACAAAGAGAAGCACGGCAAGAAGCCAGUCAAAGAGAAUCAGAGUGAGAGCAAGGGUGAUAGUGACAGUGAAGGGGAUAAUCCAGAGAAAAAGAAAUUGCAAGAACAACUGAUGGGUGCUGUUGUGAUGGAGAAGCCCAACAUUCGGUGGAAUGAUGUGGCUGGGCUGGAGGGGGCCAAGGAGGCCCUCAAAGAAGCUGUCAUUUUGCCAAUUAAAUUCCCACACUUGUUCACAGGCAAGCGCACCCCUUGGCGAGGGAUACUGCUCUUUGGACCCCCAGGCACAGGGAAAUCCUACCUGGCCAAAGCGGUGGCCACAGAGGCCAACAACUCCACCUUCUUCUCUGUGUCCUCCUCAGACUUGAUGUCUAAGUGGCUGGGGGAGAGUGAGAAGCUGGUCAAGAACCUGUUUGAGCUGGCCAGGCAGCACAAGCCUUCCAUCAUCUUCAUCGAUGAGGUGGAUUCCCUCUGUGGAUCCCGCAACGAAAACGAGAGCGAGGCUGCCCGAAGGAUCAAAACGGAGUUCCUGGUGCAGAUGCAGGGGGUGGGGAAUAAUAACGAUGGGACUCUGGUUCUUGGUGCCACAAACAUCCCGUGGGUGUUGGAUUCAGCCAUUAGAAGGAGGUUUGAAAAGCGGAUUUACAUCCCGUUGCCAGAGGAGGCUGCCCGUGCCCAGAUGUUCCGGUUGCAUCUGGGUAGCACUCCCCACAACCUCACAGACGCCAAUAUCCACGAGCUGGCCCGGAAGACAGAAGGUUACUCAGGUGCAGACAUCAGCAUCAUUGUGCGGGACUCUCUCAUGCAGCCUGUUCGAAAAGUACAGUCAGCAACACACUUCAAAAAGGUCUGUGGCCCUUCCCGUACCAACCCUAGCAUUGUGAUCGAUGACCUCCUGACCCCAUGCUCACCAGGGGACCCAGGGGCCAUGGAGAUGACGUGGAUGGAUGUCCCUGGUGACAAGCUCCUAGAGCCUGUGGUUUGCAUGUCGGACAUGCUCCGGUCUUUGGCCACCACCCGGCCUACUGUGAAUGCAGAUGACCUCCUGAAAGUGAAGAAAUUCUCAGAGGACUUUGGACAAGAGAGUUAAAAGCUUCUUCACACGGGUGAUGGUGAAUGUGGGAGGUCGAUUGGGGUAAAUUCAUGCAAUUCCCCAUGUCGGUGGCCAGUCAGGGCUCCAGGGCUCAUCCUAAAGAUACUACAGUGUCCCCUCUGCUGUCUGGUCGCCAGCCGAGGAGCAGGAAGGGGCUCCCCGGCCAGAGAUGCAGAAGUACAUUCGGCACCCAGUGGAAUAUUGGCUCUUCCUACUUCCUCCUCUUCCUCUUCUGGAUGCUCACCAACUCCUGUCCCCUCCGUGGGUUUUUUUUUAAACCUUUUUUUUUUGUUCCCCUAAAUUAAUGCUGCUUGGAUUUUCGUCUUGUUUAUAAAUAAAGUUAAAAUCACCUGGAAGAUCAAGGAGUGGGAGCAGCGCGUGCUGUGGGGUUGGUGCAGCUGACCUGCAGAAGCCCCCGCGGCCUGUUCCUUCUAGACCCAAGUUUUGCUCCUGUGAACAGAAUGGCUGAUGAUGCCCUGGGUCCCCAGCCCAAGCUCUGCCUGUGAAGGCCAAGAGUAAGGCCAAGCCAUUCCCACCCUGCUAGGUCGGCCUCCUGGGCCCUGUGUCCUCCCUGCAGGAGGCGUGGGUGGUGUUUGUGAGCACAGAGCUGUGUGGAGCAGAACGAGUGAAGGCAGUCAGGCGGGUCUCACUACUGCCUUUUCUUCCCUCUGAAUGUGAGAACACUGAACCUAGCCACGGCCCUCGGGUCUGUCCUGGAAAUGGGCUAAUAAAUCUUUUUCCCUUCUUGA